AGAUGUUCUACUCGCACCAGCUCCUCGCGCGGAAGGCGCCGCUCGGCCAGAUAUGGAUGGCCGCCACGCUCCACGCCAAGAUCAACCGCAAGCGCCUCGACAAGCUCGACAUCAUCAAAAUCUGCGAGGAGAUCCUGAACCCGUCGGUGCCCAUGGCGCUCAGGCUCUCCGGGAUCCUCAUGGGCGGCGUGGUGAUCAUGUACGAGAGGAAGGUGAAGCUUCUCUACGAUGAUGUGUCCCGUCUUCUGAUUGAGAUCAACGAGGCAUGGAAGAUCAGGCCGGCCGUGGACCACACCGUCCUCCCCAAGGGCAAGGCUCAAGCCAAGUAUGAAGCAGUAACACUGCCAGAGAACGCGGUGGAUAUGGAGGUGGAGCAGCCCGUGUUUUUCACAGAUACUGAUACUACUAGGUUCCGCGGAAUGGUAAUCGUUGUCAUCUGUGUAUUCUGGAAGUUGAAACUGUGUUAGUCUAUUGUAUUCGGAGACUAAUAUGAUGAAUUGUAUUCAAAGA